AUGGAUGAAGCAGGGUCGUCUGUUAGUCAGCCUCUAAGUCGUUCACUCAACGGUAACAUUACUAGCAACAACAGCAGCAGCGCCGUCUACCUCCUGCAUUCAAAUGUGAGAAUCUUUUCAAAUGCAAUUACUGCUCUCAGCAAACUCGGUGAUGAACUCUUUCUUCGAUCUCAGCAACGCGGUAUAUGUUUGAAAGCGUUCAACAAAACCCGAUCAGCGUAUGGUAUUUUUCUGUUUGCGAACGAGUUCUUCUCAGAUUAUGACACGAAGUGCUUAACAUCUGACUCGGCCAAAGAUUGCCGGUUGUCGAUGAAGACUGCCUUGUCGAUGUUCAAAAGUGCAUAUUUUGUAGAAAAGAAUCUCGUUUCAUGCUUGCUCACUGUAGAUAUCCUGGGUCGUGAACUACGUCUUGAUUUUCAGCAUACAUAUGAUGUCACUCGAUCGUUCGAUGUUAAUGUAAUGGAGAAACACAAGCCGUUCACUUCAGAUAUCAGGAGAAGCGAUUUGUGCAACGUGGUCACUGUCAGUGCUUUCGAGAUUGCCGCUUUCCUCAAUGAAAUGCAUACUGGAUAUGAAGAGCUGAUGAUGAGCGUGCAGAGCGACAAAAUUAUCUUCAAAAAUUUUGCCCAACUUCCCGUAGAAGGCCAUGGAGGAUCCGCGUGCAGAACAGAGAUUACGGUGCAGCGGGCUUGCUUCAAAAGAUUUGCCGUGCGAAAAACCACGGAAAUUAGCUUCUGCAUGAAGGAGUUUAAGGCAAUUCUCGCAUUUGCUCGACAACAUGCGUGUGAUGUCAUUUGUUUUUCGACAGGCCGGGAAGGUUUGCCGUUAAUAGUAGCCGUUGAAAGUGAUGCUGGUUAUUCGGCGGAGUUCAUCAUAGCCACUAUGGACAGCGAUGAUGAGUCGGAACAAGAUUCUCCAGGAGCAACUCAAGAACCGUCCCGUCGAGCAGAGUCCUCUGCAGAGGUGAACGAGGCAGCGGUGCAGUCCUUACAGAUCGAAAAUGAUCACCAACGGGAGAUCGCUCGACAGGCAAGCCAAAACUCUUCUCACGAUGACUCAAGGCAACUAAUUCAACCCGAAACAGCCAAAACGAAGGUCACUGAGCAGCCUGAAGAUGAGUCGAUGGUGGACAGAGAUUUCAAUGAAGGUCAAGCGUUGGAUGAUCAUAUGCUCAUGGAUGACUUUGUACUCUGGUGA